GGAUCAUUUUACAUUUGCCAUAACUACAAAUAAACUUCUGUCAAUUGCACCAUCGAUCUUUCUAUUCCAUCUACAAUGAUCAGUAUAUUCAGGCAACGACAAACCCAACAAUGUCCUUCAUUCAUGAGUGAAAGCACAUUCUUAGGAAGUAACAGCAAUUCAUAUGAAACUCCGAUCUUACCUGUAAAUUAUACCGUGGAAGAUCUAACCAGAGAUGUAUAUGUCAAACCACUCCAUUCCCAUAAUGAUUACUGGCGCACAAGACCUUUAUUUGAUGCAAUGAGUGUUGGUGCAGUUAGUGUUGAAAGUGAUAUAUGGUACUUCCCAAACGGGUAUGAAAUGACAAGAACAGUAACUGAAACAUCAAGUAGCGGCAAAUCAAAGUCAAGAAAUAUUACGUCUUAUUUCAAAAACAACGAGAUAUAUGUCGGGCACAGUCAGAUCUUCCUAGAACCCAUAAAGACGUUAUUUAACUUGUAUUUAAAUCCGUUAUUUCAAUUCCUUCAAUAUGUUAAUCCAGAAUUUGCCUAUAUUGAUGGCAACAAUAUAAGGCAUACAGAUGAAGUCAAUACUAAGAACAGUGUUUAUUACAAUUCUCCAGAAGUGCCAAUGUAUUUCUGGUUUGAUUUUAAAACUGAAGCUGAGGCCACUUAUGAAGCCCUUCUCCCCUUGUUGCAACCGUUUAUAGAUAACAAUUACUUGGCAUAUUAUGAUACCAAGACUGACACCUUCCAUCCUGGUCCAUUGAUCCUCACUAUAACUGGAAAUUUACCUACCGAUAAAGUUAAAAGUGAACCUAUUAGGUAUACAUUCUUGGAUGGACCCUUACAGAAAUUCAAAAGUGGAACAGAUUCUAACGAAUUGGAACAGCUUGCAAAAUUAUCUAAAGUUGCAAGCGCUUCUUUGGAAGAGUUGUUGGGUGAUGAAUAUGAAACAUCACAGAAAGCUGAAUUUACAGCUUUACAAAAGAAAAUCCUAAAAGAAUAUUUUGACACAGCUCACAAGUAUAGUGUCAAGACAAGAAUCUGGGGUGAUGUGACCUGGCCAGAACGCGUACGUGAUUCUCACUUAAAAGAUAUGUUUGAGUUAGGCUGCGAUUUGUUAAAUGUUGACGAUUUGAAUCAUGCAAAGUCUAUGUUUUAAUUAAAAAGUGUCUAGUUCAUGAAAGUUACGAUAAGUCUAUAUAUCAGUCCCUUAGAAAUUCCGUUUGAGUACCUCGUAACUGUAAAAUAUUAACGCAUUAGCAGGGAUACAUCUAACCAUUGUAAUGCCUAACCCCUUAUAUAAGUUUUUAACACCUCCAUUUUUAGAAAUGAGUGAUUUAAAUAUUGACCAGAACCCAGCAUUAAUACCUUGCUUGUUAUAAAUACCUUGGGUUUGGAUAUUGGAUUUGACAGUGUCAACAGGAAACAUAGAUAAAUUGAAUGUUACACCAGCCAUUGCACCACUGAGUAAAAGCUGUAUGUCAUGGUUCUUAAUCCAAGGAUCUUUUGCUGUCUUAUAAUAGUCAUUGAUAUACUCAUAGGUUCCAAACCAUAUAGAUGUUCCUAUAACUUCUCUGGUCAUAGUUGAACUUAAUCCGUUCCAUAAUCCCGUAACACCUUCGUUUCUCAAUGUAGACUUGAUUAAUGAAGAAUAUGAUGCAGUACUCUUACCUUCAGACACCAAGUUUACAACUUGAAGCUGACACUUGAUGAGUUCAACUGGAGUUAAUAUGAAUGAAGCAGCAAACCCUGCAAACCCACCAGAUGCACAUUUAGUCCAAAAUGGGAGACUAUCAACAUGAUGUCUACUCGAUUUAUCAUAAUCAUUAAGGGUAUUGACAAAAAAGGUGGAUGCUAAAUUGUACGAACUAAACAAGAUUGCUGUUUCUAAACACGCCCCAUAUAAUGGAGCCUUUAACCCUUUAUAAAACCCAUUAAAGAAUCCUUCGUUCUUGUAAGUCAGGCUGAUCAUCUGAAAAGUAGAAAUAGGAAGCACCGAGUUCGAGGAUUGUAAACGAACCUUAAUGGUAUCAAAUGGGAACUCUACUAACUUCCCGAUCAUACCCGAGAUGGCACCAAAUGUGAUCUCCUUGAUUGGGUGUAUCUGUUCACGUUGUGUAUCUGAUGCUAUAUGUUGCUGCUCAUUAUGUAUGGUUGUUUGGGAAAUAUCCAUAGCUGUAGGACAAGGAUGUCAAACUUUAAGU